GCAACGGCACACCUGGUUCAGGGAUCUCAAAGAAAAAAAUAGGGAAAAAAAAAUGGACAAGCCGGUUCUGUUUGCUUACCAAAUUUAUCUAAUUGUCCUCUUUUCCAUAAUUCACUCCGCUCAAGGACUGGGGAAAAUUAUAUUUGCUGUCAACGCUGGUGGUGACAGUCACGUUGAUAUUUAUGGAAUUAAAUACCAAAAAGAUCCGCUGGAGGGAAAGACAGGAAUAGCUUCCGAUUACGGAAGACAGUAUUUGAAUAUCGGUCGAGUACCUGAACCGGAUGCCAUUCUGUAUCAGACAGAACGGUAUCAUCACUCCAAUUUCGGUUAUGACAUUCCAGUCAGCGAAGAUGGUGACUACGUCUUGGUCCUCAAGUUCUGCGAAGUCUACUUCAACAGUCCUUCCAUGAAGGUAUUUGACGUCACCUUGAACGGAGUGCACACGAUAGUCUCCUACCUCGACAUCUUUGAGAAGGUUGGCAAGGCUGUGGCUCAUGAUGAAUACAUUCCAUUUAGAGUGGCGAAGGGUAAGAUUCUGGUCAACGACGAGGAGUCAGAGCUCGUGGGCAAGAAGGUCAGGGUAGAAUUCAUCAAGGGCAACCAAGACAACCCCAAAGUCAACGCUAUCUAUGUCAUGAAGGGUUUAUUGGAAGAUGUGCCAAAGUUACCUCCAUUGGCUGGAAGCGACGGAGAUGAAGACGAAGUGGAAGAAAAACCGAUCGAAAAAGAUGAGCCGUCGAGUGUUCCACAACCGUCUGGCACAAGCAGUACUAGUCCGAAAAAGAAACGCGACCAACCGAAAAUCGCCAAUCCCUACACUGACGAAACGUCGACAUUAUUGCCGAUUUUUGUGGCGAUAGCCGCGUUCGUACCAUUCCUCUUUUGCCUGUGCAAACUGUGAUGACAAUUCGUUUUUUUUUUUUCCCCCUUUGCUCUCUGUUUAGCUGAACGACGAAGGCUUAAAAAUAACUGAACUGGCCCUAGUCCUCAAAAAUGACAUCGGCGACUUGAAAACAACAAUUAAUCUUUUCAGUAUACGUGGCAAAAAUCCCAGGAAAAAUAACCAGUAUAUAUUCUUUACGUUUUCUGUUUUUCUUCCGUUUUUUUUUUUUUUUUAUUUUU